GGGAGGAGCGGCUGAGGGCCGGGCUGUGGAGACGCGGCUUUCGGGGUGGUGGUUGGGGACAGUAGAUAAGGCGGGCAGAGCCGGCGGGCGAGCUGCUGAGGCCUUUGGUGACUCCGCCAGUAGUGCUGCCUCAGAGACUUGAAUUAGAAAUGGAAUUGGUGCUUUGCCAUGUAAGCAAAUUCUAAUGCAAUUUCCCUGAAACAAGAGGCUCAAUAACAACAGGAAGACAGGCUGGAUGUUUUAACAAAUGUUCCUUGUUGAAGUAGCAUCUUAAGCAUCCAUUAUCAAAAUGUGGUGCUCUGUGGUCAUUCUCGGCCUGUUUGUGGUCCUCACAAGUGCCCGUAAUGUUCCAUACUUCCCUCCUCUCUCUCCUGACUUAGUGAACUAUAUCAAUAAGCUCAAUACCACAUGGAAGGCUGGACACAACUUUGCCAAUGCUGACAUGAGUUAUGUGAAGACGUUGUGUGGCACCUUCUUGCAUGGCCCCAAACUGCCAGAGAGGUUUGAAUUUGCUGGUGAUUUGGUCUUGCCACAAAACUUUGACUCAAGGCAACAAUGGCCAAACUGCCCAACCAUUCGUGAAAUCAGAGACCAAGGCUCUUGUGGUUCCUGCUGGGCUUUUGGUGCAGUUGAAGCCAUGUCAGAUCGGGUUUGUGUCCAUACUAAUGGUGAAGUGAAUGUGGAAAUUUCUGCUGAAGAUCUGCUGUCUUGCUGCGGGCUUGAAUGUGGGAUGGGUUGUAAUGGAGGUUAUCCUGCAGGAGCAUGGAAAUACUGGACUGAAAAGGGCUUGGUGUCUGGUGGCCUUUACGACUCACAUGUUGGUUGUAGACCGUACUCUAUUCCACCCUGUGAACAUCACGUCAAUGGGACUCGGCCCCCAUGCACUGGAGAAGGUGGUGACACCCCUGAAUGCGUCAAAACAUGUGAAGCUGGUUAUUCUCCUUCGUACAAGAAAGACAAACAUUAUGGAAUGACUUCCUAUAGCGUCCCUGGCAAUGAGAAAGAAAUAAUGGCUGAGAUUUACAAAAAUGGACCAGUGGAGGGAGCCUUUACAGUUUAUUCUGACUUCCUCAUGUACAAAUCAGGUGUCUAUCAGCAUGUCUCUGGUGAAGCAGUUGGUGGCCAUGCAAUCCGAAUUCUUGGCUGGGGUGUUGACAAUGGCACGCCUUACUGGUUGAUAGCUAAUUCCUGGAACACAGACUGGGGUGAAAAUGGCUAUUUCCGAAUCCUCCGUGGGCAAGAUCACUGUGGAAUUGAGUCAGAGAUUGUAGCUGGAAUCCCUCGCACAAGCCAGUACUGGAAGCAGCUGUGAUCAUCCUGCCAGCUGAAUGGCACAUAAUCAUACUUAUAAAGAUAGAAGACAUGGUGGCAAUCCUUUGCUCUAAGACAUUUUAGACGUCAGGAUUUUUUUUUAAGCCUUUAACUUUUUUUUAAAAAAAAAUACAAUACAGCAGGCUCUCUUUGUGUCUGAAGCAUGAGGCUUUCUAAUUUUCGCUCAACAAUUUUUCAUGACUGGCAUGAAGCUGAAUGGCAAGGAAGUUGAAAUGAAACUGGCUGUUUUAAAUGAAAUACCUCUAAAGGAAUCAAAGUACAUUUCACCAACAGAAGGGCAUGAUUAGAAACAACCAACUCCUGGUUAAAAUGUUGAGGUUGCUGUUUGCAGUGGUAUUUAACUUUACCUUCCACAUAUUGAUGGCCCCAUCCAUCAGAUAAGAGUGUAGGAUCAUGGAAUCUCAGGGUUGGAUUGUUUUGAGUUUAAUCCUUAGUAAACAUUACUGUGCAAAGUGGUAAAGAGGAUUCUCCCUCCCUCCCCCCCCCUUUCUUUUUCACACACACACUCACUUUCAGGAAAUAGAAAAUAGAAAGGCUAAAAUAGUUGCUUAUUUACUGUAUGGAUGCUGAAGUCUAUGCCUAAAUUUCGAAGAAAUUUUAAGAGGAUGUCCUCACGGUAGCAGCAGUCCUAAUUCUUCUCUUCAUAAAUUCUCAAUGUCAGUAUAUGCCUCAAUCGUGAAAAGAUAAGAAGUAGAGGGAGGGUCCUUCUGAAACUGACCAAAUGGUCAAAACAGACAAAAUUCCUGAAUCUGUUGUAACUCUGUGCAUUGAAUUUCAGUUCCUUGAUAAACUUGGCUAGGUGGGAUUAUUGGACCAUGAAAUUUCAAGUUAAAUUUAAUUUAAAUUGAAUUUUAAAUAGUUGCAGAAGCAGGAACACACACGUACACAUAGACAUAAAGAGAUAAGUUUUAUGUGUGCCUGUCUUUUAAGCCUGAAACCUGAGGGCAAGUGCACUAGCUAGUCCUGCACAUAUGCAUGAUUUCACUUUUUUAUAAUUGUAAAUGAUAAGGAAACAUAAGCAGCAAGCAUAAACAUUGUGCACAUAAAGGGGCUAUAAAAAUGGUUCAACACUAAAUCAACCUCAGAGGAACUUCAGUUUGCUAUCAUUAGUCUUACUGAGUUUGGUGGGUCUCACCUAGACAUGACUGAACUGGAUUUGCUGUUAUUAGAAGCCAUAAAAUGGUUUGCUUUGCCUAGGUAGGUAACCAGUCUGUUUCAACUAACUAUUUAAAACAAACCAUGGGUCAGAUGAACUCAACCUAAAAUUGAAUCUGACCCUUAGGCUUUAUGUAAUUGGUUGCUGGCUUCAAAUACAAAAUUAUUGUUAUAUGCAGAAUUUUUUAUACACUUAAAAGACUUAAUGACCAGAAUUUCAUCAGUGUACUUCCAAUUCCUAUCCAGUAAAGUAUCGCUCUCUUUUCUAUAA